AUGGAAAUAAGUUUGGCGUUCAUCGUUCUUGUGUUGUGCUCCAGUGCUACCCUAGUUACCGCAGGGUUCCGCAUGGAGCUCACCCACGUGGAUGCCAAGGGGAGCUACACCAUGGCGGAGCGCGUGCAGCGAGCCAUGGCCAGCACCCGGCAGCGCAUGGCUUCCAUUGCCGCCGCCGACGUGAGCGCGCCGGUCCACUGGAAUACCACCCAGUACAUCGCGGAGUACCUGGUCGGCACCCCGCCGCAGCGUGCCGAGGCCCUCAUCGACACCGGCAGCGACCUCAUCUGGACGCAGUGCUCCACCUGCCUCCAAGGAUCCUGCGUCAAGCAGGGCCUGCCGUUCUACAACGCGUCCAUGUCGAACACCUUCCAUCCCGUGCCAUGCAACGACACCUUGUGCAUGGCUAACCAAGAGCACACGUGCGCCAAGGACGGCAGCUGCAAUUUCGGUGCCUUCUACGGCGCCGGCGACGCCACGGGGUCCAUCGGCACCGAGGUCUUCACCUUCGAAAACGGCUCGGCGACGCUCACGUUCGGCUGCGUCGACAAGCUGUUCAUCACCCCGGGGUCCCUCGACGGGGCGUCGGGCCUCAUAGGGCUUGGCCGCGGCCCGCUCUCGCUCGUCUCUCAGACGGGCGCCACCAAGUUCUCCUAUUGCCACACUCCCUACCUCCGCAGCAACACCACUCCCGGUGCCAGCAGCCACCUUUUCGUCGGUGACUCCGCGAGCCUUAGCGGCGGCAGCCCCGUGAUGUCCAUGACAUUCGUGGAAGGCCCCAAAGACUACCCGUUCUACUACGUCCCACUCGUCGGGAUAACCGUGGGACGAACAAGGCUGCCCAUCCCACCAACGGUGUUCGCUCUCAAACCGAGCGGCGACGGGGGUGUGCUUAUUGACUCCGGCAGCCCCACCACAGCUCUCGUCGACGGGGCGUACGGGCCCCUAACUGAGGAGCUCGGGAGGCAGCUGAACGGGAGCCUCGUGCCACCGCCCGCUGGCAGUGGGAUGGGCCUGUGUGUGCCCUUGGCGCAGGAGAAGACAGUGCCGUCCAUGGUGCUGCACUUCAGCGGCGGUGCGGACAUGGUGCUGCCACCGGAGAACUACUGGGCGCCCUUGGACAGCUCCACCUCAUGCAUGGUGAUGGAAAACUCAAGCGGUAUGAGCAUCAUUGGCAACUUCCAAUUGCAGAACAUACACCUGCUCUACGACCUUGCCAAGGACGAGCUCUCUUUCCAAACAGCCGACUGCAGCUCACUCUGA